AUGGUAAAAGAUAGAGAUCAUCAAUUAAUAAUGAGAAACUUGGAGUUACUGCCAAGAGUAGAAGUAGCUAAGAAGAUGUCUUCUGAUGGUGAAAAUUCUUCAGAGUUAGACCUUGACCUAUCUCUUGGUGGUUGCUAUAGCAAGAGCCUUAAAGACAAUGCAACAACAGUAAAAAUUAGCUUAACAUCUUCCUUGAAUGGGAACAAGAAGAAAAAUGGGAGUGGGAAUGAACCCUUUGUUUCUUUGGGCGAUCAAAAAUUAUCGUUACUAGCUAACCCCCAGAAAAAGGAAAUGCAAGCCUUGAGAAGGUUGGGUGCUAAAAUGAGGUUGCUAGAGUCCAGGAGGAGGCUUAUCAUGAGAGGCCACCUCGCUAUCACAACCGGUGCUUCUAUGAAGGAUAUUAAUACUAAAUCACCACCAAACAUUUCUAUCACUGGUUGUGGUGGUUUUGAGUGGGGAAAAGGUAAAGGACCGAACGUUGCUACUGAUUGUGUUGUUGCUUCUCAUCAUGCGAAGGAUAUGCAGGGCAAAUCAUCCAAUAACUUGCCUAAAUUCGCUACCAACGACCCCUUAUUAAGCCAUGCCAUUGUUAACACAAUAAAAUCCAAUCCUGGUGUGGUUAUUCGAGAUCCAGAGGGUCCAAAUAUUGUCAAUGCUCCUACAAGUUUUCAACUGACAGAAGUGAAGGGGAAAGGGAAAGCAAUCUGUCAUGGCAAUCAAUGGCACCGGCACAAUAAGCCUUUGAUCCAACACUUUUCACAAUCAGCUUAUCCUUCAAGUUAUCAUUUGGAAUCCAUUAACAUGGAGAGUGUCUUGAGUAGUACCAAACAUCAAGCAAAUCCUACAAAUGAAUCUCCAGUGGCACCAAUUAUGUUAGAAAGCAUGGUUGUUGGAAGUUCUUCUUUUGCCAAGACUUGCAAUUCUAAACAAGAAGUAGCUGGCUCUAAUGGCUCAAAUCAAAUUCAAGUUGCAGAAACUACGCAGCAGCAACAAGAAGGUCCAUCCAAGAGAGUGAGAGUUUCAACUCAGAGUGAAAGAAAUGCAAUGAAUGUAAUAAAUGGAAUGCCAAUUGUGACAACCAGCGGCGGCCACCCUAAUGGGAAGGAGAUAAAAGGGAUUCUGUACAAAUUCUUAAAAGAGCAGGUGACAAUAGUUUGUCUCUGCCAUGGAACCUUCCUUACUCCAGCAGAGUUUGUCAAGCAUGCAGGCGGAGAUGAAUUGGACAAUCCAAUGAAGCUUAUUCUUGUCUCAAAGCCAAUUAUGUAA